CUCUCUCUUCCCCUCUUACGUCCCUCCCAUGAUACCCUCACGACACCAGCAUACUCUAGGAGGAUCGCCAAAAUGACACUCACCACAUAUCCCGUCUCCGCCGCAGAUUCGCCCGAUCUGACGGCGCUCUCCUUAUCGCGCCUCGUGCACCGCCUCGAGCUCAAUCUCUUGGUCCCAAGCGCGGAUCUCUCUCCGCUACGCCAGUCGGAGUAUCAGCGCAUGCGAGUUGGUGCUAACAUAGCAUUCGCGCAAUCAACCCUCACCUCACUCGAACGCGCCCUCCCAACGAUAAAAGCCCCCGACCACCGCAACGACCUCCAGACAGACCUCCUGCUCUACCGCCAGACGCUCAAGAAACUGCAAGCUGUCCUCGACGAGAUCACCACCGAGGCGGAGACCCUCCGGUCUGCUCGUCGCGGUGCUGCGGGCCAGGAUGAAGGAGACGAUGAGUCGGAGUCUGAGUCGCUGGAUGGUGAGGAUCUUUUGACGCCUGAUGAGGGGAGUAGUACUUCUGGGGAUGGGGGGCGGGGAGGGUUAGAUGAGGAGGGUGGUGUUUCUUCAGUUACUGCUACUACUACAACAUCGGCCGUACCAACAGCUACUACACAACCACCGCAAGCAACGACAACAACACAGCCAACCAAACAAGAACAGCCAGAACCAGCCCUCCCAACCCUCCGAAACAGAUCCCACCUCCCCCCAUCAUCAUCAACAACAGCCCCCACAACCCCCACAGCAACAACAACAGGAGCCAGAACAGGGACAGACCUCUUCCCCCUCCCACACGCCCAAACCGACCCAACCCCCUCAUCAACCUCCCAAACCGAAUCCCAACUCACAACAGACCGCACCACCCAAGAAGACCUCACCACCUCCCUCCUCUCCCUCGCCAGCCAACUCAAAUCCUCCUCCCACGCCUUCCACGCCUCCCUCGAGUCCGAGAAAUCCGUCCUCGCCCGCGCCGUCGACGGCCUCGACCGCUCCACGGGCUCCAUGGGCGCCGCGGAGCGCCGCAUGGGCACCCUGCGCCGGAUGACGGAGGGGAAGGGGUGGUGGGGACGGAUGAUGCUCUAUGCGUGGAUCUUUGGACUGUGGUUGUUGGCUGUUUUGAUUGUGUUUUUGGGGCCGAAGUUGAGGUUUUAACUCAUUUAUUUGUUUAUUUUAGUAUUUUUGGUAUCUUUAGCGGUGGCUUAGCUUUUUGACACAUAUUUUUUUCUAUUGGUAUUAUUGAUGAG